AUGGCAGACAACCACAGCGGCACCGAGUCUCAUGUGACGAUCCAGCGGCGGACUCACUACUCACCACCGUGGGCAGAUGUCAGCAUCAUUGGUAUUGCUGGCAGUUCCGGCUCUGGAAAGUCGACUCUGUCGCACGCCAUUGUGAGGAAGCUGAAUCUGCCCUGGGUGGUGAUUUUGUCCAUGGACUCUUUCUACAACCCCCUGAGUCCUGAGGAGUCAAAGAGGGCUUUUGACAACGACUUUGACUUUGACGCGCCAGAUGCAAUUGACUUUAACGUACUUGUACAAUGUUUGCGCGAUCUGAAGGCUGGGUUGGACAAUACCACAACCAUCUACUCACCUCACGUCAUCAUCCUGGAAGGAAUCUUUGCCCUCCAUGACCCCCGUAUUAUUGAUCUUCUGGAUAUGAGGAUAUUCUGCGAGGCGGAUGCCGAUACGUGUUUGUCACGGAGAGUGUUGAGAGACGUCAAGGAGCGUGGCCGUGACGUAGAUGGUAUCAUGAAGCAGUGGUUCAAGUUUGUGAAACCAAACUUUGAAAAAUUCGUCGAGCCGCAGCGCAAAGUCGCAGACAUCAUCGUGCCGAGAGGUAUCGAGAACCGCGUAGCUAUGGCCAUGGUUGUUCAGUACAUUGAGCGCAAGUUGAUCGAAAAGUCAACCCACCACCGGGCAGCACUCACGCAGUUGGAGUUGGCUGCUGCCAGUGACCCUCUGUCUGACAGAGUCGUGAUUCUCGACCAGUCACCGCAACUGAGAGGCAUGAGCACCAUCAUCCAGGAUAUCGACACCUCUGCGGAAGACUUUAUCUUCUACUUUGACCGCCUCGCGUGUCUUCUGAUCGAGCAGGCACUCAACAAUGUCCAAUUCAGAGAAAAGACCAUUGCCACGCCGCAAGGAUACAAGUACAACGGACUCCAAGCUACGGGCGAUGUAAGUGCGGUGCUGGUCCUUCGUGGCGGUGCCGCCUUUGAGACGGCCUUGAAGAGGGUCGUCCCCGACAUGCGGACAGGCAGAAUCCUGAUCCAGUCCAACGUCCGGACGGGAGAGCCCGAGCUGCAUUAUCUCAAGCUCCCGGAUAACAUUGACUCUCACGAGUCGGUGUUGUUGAUUGACACGCAGAUGGCCAGCGGAGGCGCCGCACUCAUGGCUGUGCAAGUGCUCGUCGACCACGGCGUUGCCCAGGACAAGAUUGUGCUGGCGUGCUAUGCUGCCGGAAGACUGGGUGUACACCGUCUUGCAAAGGUGUUUCCUGGUAUCACUAUUGUUCUGUGCAACAUGCUCGCAGAUAUUGAGGAUCGCUGGGUUGAGAAGAAGUACUUCCGAUGCUAG